GCGAGCUUUCCGGCGUGGGCCUCCAGCGACAUCUUGUAAACUUCGUCCUGUCUCCGGUCGGGAUCCUUGGCUCGCCUGAGGUGAGGGCUCAGGAUGCGCUGCGGCGGCUCCGCUGAGAUUCGGCGUAGCUGUCGCCGGGACUGAAGGCUACGCUGCCACGGUGUCCCUCCCUCCGCACCCGGCCACAGCUGCCGUGGCGAUUCCCAUUCAGGUUCUGCUUUCAGCAGAAGCACUUAUGGACCCUGCACUGGGCUCUUUGACCUUUGAGGAUGUGGCUGUGUACUUUUCCCAGGAGGAAUGGAGGCUUCUUGAUGAGGCUCAGAGACACCUGUACCGUGAUGUGAUGCUAGAGGUCUUUGCACUUUUUGCAUCAUUGGGUUGUGGGCAGAGAACAGAGGAUGAGGAGGCACUUUCUGGGCAGAAUAUUUCUGUAGGAGAGUCACAGAUAAAUUCUACCCAGGAGACAUGUGACCUGGAUUCAGAAGGUGACUUACACCCAGCUGAGAGCCUGGAAGCAAACCCUGGCCAGAAACUGUGCGGGACACAGGGGAAGCUUCACCAGUGCCAGAAGCAGGACGGUGGAGAGAAAUCUUUCAGAAGAAACGUGAAGAGCUGCAUAGCCCACAUGUCGAGGAAGCCCUUCCCUGAUCACUCAGGCCUUCUCCAGCACCAGCUCAUUCAUAGCCAGGGGACACUACCUAAGAACACCAGCUGUGCAGAGCCCUUUCACAACGGACAAAAACACUAUAAGUGCAGCGAAUGUGGGAAAGCCUUCUGCCGAAAAUACAGACUUGCUCAGCAUCAGAGAGUCCACACUGGAGAGAGGCCUUAUGAGUGCAGUGAGUGUGGGAAAACCUUCAGCUACAAACAUAUACUUGUUCAGCACCGGAGAGUCCACACUGGAGAAAGGCCUUAUGAGUGCAAUGAAUGUGGUAAAGCCUUCAGUAACAAACCCACACUUGUUCGGCACCAGCGAAUUCACACUGGAGAAAGGCCUUAUGAAUGCAGUGAUUGUGGGAAGUUCUUUAGCCAAAGUUCCAGCCUUAGUGAACAUCAGAGAAUUCACACAGGGGCACGGCCUUAUAAAUGUAGUGAGUGUGGAAAAUUCUUCACCUCCAACUCAAACCUAAUUAAACACCGGAGAGUGCACACAGGAACAAGGCCUUAUGAGUGCAGUGAAUGUGGGAAAUUCUUUAAUCAAAGUCCUAGCCUCAUCAAACACCAGAGAAUUCACACAGGUGAAAAGCCUUAUGAAUGUAGUGAAUGUGGGAAACUCUUUAGCCAGAGCUCCACCCUCAUCAAGCACCAGAGAGUUCACACUGGAGUGAGGCCUUACAAGUGCAAUGAAUGUGGGAAACUCUUUAGCCAAAGCUUUGGCCUCACUCAACACCAGAGAGUUCACACUGGAGAAAAACCCUAUGAGUGCAGUGAAUGUGGAGAAUUCUUUAGCCAGAGCACACAACUUACCCAGCACCGGAAAGUUCAUGCCACACAAAACCCUCAUGAGUGCAGUCACUGUGGCAAAGUCUUCAGCCAAAGAUCUGCUCUGAUUGACCACCAGAAACUUCACAGCCCAGCCAGACCUUACAAGUGCACUGAAUGUGGGAAAGCCUUUAGCCGUAGGUCUAACCUCAUUCGACACCAGAAAAGACUACACACUGGAGAAAAGCCUUAUGAAUGCAGUGAAUGUGGCAAAUUAUUUAGCCAUAAAUCAAAUCUUUUUAUACAUCAAAUAGUUCACACUGGAGAAAGGCCUUAUGGGUGUAGUGAAUGUGGAAAAUCCUUUAGCCGCAAUGCUGACCUCAUUCAACACCAGAGAGUUCACACUGGAGAAAAGCCUUUUACAUGCAGUGAAUGUGGAAAAGCCUUCAGGCAUAAUUCCACACUUGUUCAGCAUCAUAGGAUCCACACUGGAGUGAGACCUUAUGAGUGCAGUGAAUGUGGGAAAUUCUUUAGCUUUAACUCGAGCCUCAUGAAACAUCAGAGAGUUCACACUGGAGAAAGACCUUAUAAGUGCAGUGAAUGUGGGAAAUUUUAUAGCCACAAGUCAAGCCUUAUUAAUCAUUGGAGGGUUCACACUGGAGAAAGGCCUUAUGAGUGCACCGAAUGUGGGAAGUUUUUUAGCCAAAGCUCUAGCCUCAUGCAACAUCGGAAAGUUCACACUGGAGAAAAGCCUUUUAAGUGCAAUGAAUGUGGAAGAUACUUUAGUGAGAAUUCUAGCCUUGUUAAACAUCAGAGGGUUCAUACUGGAGCAAGACCUUAUGAGUGCAGGGAAUGUGGGAAAUUUUUUCGCCACAGCUCCAGCCUUGUUAAACAUCGGAGGAUUCACACUGGAGAAAUGCCUUAUGAGUGCAGCAGUUGUGGGAAAUCAUUUAGCCAGCGUUUCAACCUCAUUCAACACCAGAAAGUUCACAGUGGAGAAAAGUCUUGAAUGUGGGUAAGGUGGAAAAGCCUUUAACCAAAAGUCCGCUCUGGUUCAGCAAUAGAAACAUCACAAUCCAGUAGGCCUCAUGAAUACAGUACGUGUGAAGAAAGGCUUCAGCCAAAGGCUUACCCUUGUUAAGCACCAAAAUGUUCAGACUGGAGAGAGGCCUUAGGAAUGCAGCACACAUGCAGUCUCAUGGUCAACCUAACUUAAAGAGGAACUCUAAAGGUAGCCUUUUUGAGGGAGAUAGCAAUUGAACAUCAUUGAUCCAAAUAUCCUGACAUUCUGUCUCCUGUGAAGAUAGGCCUCUGCCUGGGAGCUCCAGGGAGAGGGAGUCCUGUGUUCUUGGAUGUAUUAGUCUGGAGUGGAGUUUCCAGCUCUAUCACUGGAGUGGGGAGAAAGGGAAUGGUCUUAGUUCAAAUGUGAUUGUCUCUUGCUGUUCUUACAAAUAAUCAGAUGUUCUUAAGGGUUUCCUCAUUUGCUCUAUAUCUGAGGACAAUUCCAGAGUUUUAAGUUGUGUUUUUAUAAUUUCCCCCAGUUUUAAUGGGAAGCAGGCCUGCAAAGCUCCUCACACUGUUAUGCAGGAAGUUGAUCUAAAUAUUUAACUUUAUAAGAACUUGCCAAGUAGUGUAAUGCCAUUUCAUAUUUACUCCUACAGUAUUAGGUUUCCAGUUUCUUCACCUUAUUGCUGAUGACUGUAUAUAAGACAUGGGCCAUUCAUUUCAGCCAUUCUAGUAGGUGUGUGGUUUUGACUUGUCUCCCUAAUGACUCAGUGUUGAGGAUUAGUCUCUGUGUUUAUCUGCCACCCAUAUAUCUUCUUUAGUGAAUUAUCAUUUAAUGUUUUUUGCUUACUUUUAGAAAAAUUGGUUGGUUUCUGUUUUCUGAUUUGAUAUAUAUUCUACAUAUAAGUUCUCUAUUUGAUAUAUGCUUUACCAAUGUUUUCUCAUAGUCUAUGCCUUUGAUUUUCAUUUUUCUUUCUUUUUAAAAUUUUCAUUUCUUAACAGUCUCUUUCCUAGGUUAGAAUGUAUUAAUUUUCAGGAAGUUCAGCUUAUGUAUUGGUUAGGGACUACAUGUUUGGUAUUAUAUUCUUUUUCUCUUAUGGUACUCUAUCUUUGUUUGUAAAUAAAAGCCUUAUCUGAGUAUGCUGGAGUCUUAUGAGUCCUUUCCAAUCCCGUGAAAUCUUUGUGGAUUUAAAUGUACAUGAAGAUUUCAAUGUAUGUAGAAAUAUUUACUUGUGUACAUAUCCCCUGUCUCUUCUAAGAGAGCCUAAAAGCAGUGGAAUCCAGUAGGCAUGAACAUAUUUAAUGCCCUCUUAUUGGUGCAGUUUUUCAGUAAAAAGAACUGGAACUUCUUAGAGGCUAAUUCCAGGUUGGUUCAGGAAAGGUACAUGAGCCUAGGAAAUUUUCUUGGAUUAGUAAAGAAAUGCUCACAGAAUGAUGUUGAUUUAUUAGCUUUCUAGUGCUGUCCUAACAAAUUACCACAAACCUAUGGCUCAAACAACACAAAUUACAUUAUAGUACUGUAGAGCAGAAGUCCCACACAGGAUGGGUCUCAGUAAGUUAAAAUCAAGGUGCUGGCAGGGAUGUGUUCUUUUCUGGAGUCUCUAAGACAGAUUCUGUUUUCUACUCAUUUGAGUUGUCGGACAAUUUCAGUUCCUUGUGUUUGUAGGUCUUAUGUUACUGUUUUCUUUGUGGCCGUCAGCUUAGGGUCAUCCCUGGAAUAUGUAAGAAUUUUUACAGCAUAUUUAAAGAUAAAACGGGAUACCUGGGUGGCUCAGCGGUUUAGCGCCUGCCUUUGGCCCAGGGCGCGAUCCUGGAGUCCUGGGAUCGAGUUCCACGUCAGACUCCCGGCAUGGAGCCUGCUUCCCCCUCUUCCUGUG